AAAAUGAUUAAUGUUUAAUCGCUUUUAUAUUUGCCUCUGUUUUCUCAGCAGAAGAAAACCACUUUGGGAGUGCCUGUGUGAAUCAUCCACAAUGGUUUCUCCAGUGCUCAUCUUGUUCUCGACUUUUCUCUGCCAUGUUGCUAUGGCAGGACGGACUUGUCCCAAGCCAGAUGAGUUACCAUUUUCCACAGUGGUCCCAUUAAAAACAACCUAUGAGCCAGGAGAGGAGAUUGUGUAUUCCUGCAAGCCAGGCUACCUGUCCCGGGGAGGGAUGAGGCGCUUUACCUGCCCUCUCACAGGAAUGUGGCCCAUCAAUACUCUGAAAUGUACACCCAGAGUAUGUCCUUUUGCUGGAAUCUUAGAAAAUGGAGCAGUACGAUAUACAACUUUUGAAUAUCCCAACACAAUCAGUUUUUCUUGUAAUACUGGGUUUUAUCUGAAUGGCACUAGUUCUGCCAAGUGCACUGAGGAAGGAAAAUGGAGUCCACAGCUUCCCGUCUGUGCUCCCAUCACCUGCCCUCCACCAUCCAUACCGACAUUUGCAACACUUCGGGUUUAUAAGCCAUCAGCUGGAAACAACUCCCUCUAUCAGGACACAGCAGUUUUUCAAUGUUUGCCACAACAUGCGAUGUUUGGAAAUGACACAAUUACCUGCACAUUGCAUGGAAAUUGGACUAAAUUACCAGAAUGCAGGGAAGUAAAAUGCCCAUUCCCAUCAAGGCCAGACAAUGGAUUUGUGAACUAUCCUGCAAAACCAGCACUUUAUUACAAGGAUAAAGCCACAUUUGGCUGCCACGAUGGAUAUUCUCUGGAUGGCCCAGAAGAAGUAGAAUGUACCAAACUGGGAAACUGGUCUGCCAUGCCAAGUUGUAAAGCAUCUUGUAAAGUACCUGUGAAAAAAGCCACUGUGGUGUACCAAGGGGAGAGAGUAAAGAUUCAGGAAAAAUUUAAGAAUGGAAUGCUGCAUGGUGAUAAAGUUUCUUUCUUCUGCAAAAAUAAGGAAAAGAAGUGUAGCUAUACAGAGGAUGCUCAGUGUAUAGACGGCACUUUUGAAGUCCCCAAAUGCUUCAAGGAACACAGUUCUCUGGCUUUUUGGAAAACUGAUGCAUCAGAUGUAAAGCCAUGCUAAAGUGGUUUUCAGAUUCAACAUAAAAUGUCACACUUGAAUCUUGCUUAUCCAAGGAACUCAAUGGAAAUUAAAAAAUAAAGCUACCGAAUUUAUUGCUUCA